CAGACAUGCCACCAACACCUGAAGAUCCAAGUGCUCAGUACUCAGAAGUUAAGAAGGACAAGAAAAAGGACAAGAAAGCAGCCCCUGCCCCAGACGUUAUCUACACAGAAGUGGUAAAAGAUAAGAAAGACAAGAAGGAGAAGAAAGACAAGAAGAAACCAACACCUGGAAAGAAACCUGCCGUAGCCAAGAAACCAACAGCUAAGGAGGAGGAGAGACUUUACGAUGAGGUGCCCAAAGCAGAAGGUGCUGCAGCUGUGACUGAUGAGAAUCCAUAUGAGAACCCUCAGGAGUCGAUGCCAGAGAAACAGAAGAACCCGCAGGGCCUUAUAUACGCCGAGCUCAGCGAUUUCCAGGUGAAACCUCCGCCCAAGAAGCCCAGCAAACCGGCGCCCCCCAAGCCACGGUAUGAGGACGAACCCACGGAGUACGCUUCGAUAAACUGGAACGCUUCGAGGCGGCGGGCGAAGGAACGAGAACAGAGCGGGAGCACGACGGACGACGAAACUCCCGUCACCAUGAUUUAAAAUACCUCUUCCCUGUACUGAUAUACAACAUGUAGCUUCUAGCCUCUACCAGGCUUCGGGAGGCGGCUGGAAAGAGUUAAUCGGCCAAAUAGAGAGAUAACAUGUCAGGGGAGUUUGUCUGCGGGGAGAAAACAUGUUGCUGCACCAAUUUCUACUCUUUCCAGUCGCCUCCCGAAGCCUGGUAGAGGCUAGUAGCUUCAUGUGCAUUGCAAAAUUAAAAUGUACAUUGUAUGAUAUGUAUUGCCAACCUUCAAGUACAGAAAGAUCAGCCUUCAGUCAUUAUUAAAAGUCACUAUCAUGAUUUGAGAUUACCUAUUAUAAAUGCCAUAUUUUCCAAUAACACUCCUAGGAUCUGACAUGGGGUAGUGGGAACAAUA